GAACUGACGGCUGCAAUCUUAAAUUACCAUGGCAACGCGGGACGGCUUAACGGGAAGCAGUGGUUCAUUCACAGAUGCCCUUCAUGAGAACCCAUACCUGACUAUAGUGAUCCUAGUAGCCGGUGUUGCCGGCGGUCUGGCAUUGGUAAUCGCUGUCAUCUUCUUCUGUAAAUACUGCGUUAAGGGAAAGCGAGGACUGAACAGAACACCUGCCUUUUUUAAUCGCCUGCCAUCUGAGGUAGAAGCUGAGAGGGCCAGGAGAAGAAGACAAAUCUUAGAAGCAGCAGCACAGAGCCGAGCAGAGCAGCAUAAAGCGUUCAUCACCGCAGAUGGUUCACCGGAACGGUUACUCCGGGAGGAUGGGGCUGCUAACGGAGAUGGAGAAACAUCAGAAAAACACGUCGAAGAGGAAGGAGAUAAUCGUUGGAACCCACCGACCUACAUACCCCCUACCUGCACCCUGGGUGAGAUUACUGAAUGUGACAGUGAGAACCUAGAGGGGAUGGACACACCCAGAACACCCUGCUCCAAUCACACAUCGAGGAGUAGAGAGGUUUCCUUCUCCGUAUCCGACAGAGAUAACAGAUACUGCGACCAUAACGGUGAUGUACCCGACAACUCACAGGUUGUGAUAAGACGACAUGGUGACGUCAGUCCUUUGCACCCAAUUCCGGCUGACGAAUUCGAGCGGGUUGGUCGUUACCGAGGAAAGUCACCGAGGACUCUCCUUAAUCCCGGAGAGGUUGUCAAGAGCGAGGCCACUAAGUCUGGCGAUUCUCUCACAGUUCAUGUCCAAGUCCAUAACCACCCGGUCAAUGACCCUGCGGCAAAGAGAGAGCUGAAGUCAGCCGAUUUCAAGAACAGUAAAGGCGAUAUCAGCCAGAUACGGCUAAUUGAUGACAGGCAAAGGAGUCCUAUCAGGGAGACUGGAGGAAAGAGGGAGCGUGAUAGAAGCGCAGAUGACAAAGUGCCUAUCAAAGGAGAUCGUUCACCAUCUCGAACGAGACGAAAAGACACACCAGAUGCAGAACGACACUCGCACCAACCCGCUGAUGACGUUGACCGGCGAAAGGAGCCCGCACACAGUCCAAGGGAAGAGGUCAAGAAUCAAACCGCACGUGCAAGUGAAUAUCGGGACCUCUGGCAGCUGAGGUCAACACUAGAGAUGCAGCAUUCUUCGGAAGAAUCGGGAUCAUCUGAAUACGAUACUGUCGCAGCAGCAAAUGUUGAAGAUAACAUGCUUCCUCCCCUCCUGAGGAGUCCAACUCUAGAGGAGGAGAGUAGUGGACAGGAGAAGAGCGACGGGAAAAGUGGUAUAGAUGAUAGCUUUGAGCAAGCUGUAAGUAGUAUUAGCGCGGAAGAGUCAGACAUAUCCGAAAGAGACAGGGACAGUGGUGGUUCAGGGAAAGAUGGACCGAGAAAUCUUCGCAGAAUGCACGGGGACAGUGGCUAUGCAUCCAUAGAACAAAAGACGGAGACAGAAUGGAAACGUCGCCAAAUGUUCGCAGCCAGCGAUCAUGAAAGCACAAGCUUUGAAAGUGCACAGACUUUUACCAUGUCGAGUGAUAGUAGUAGUCCGACGGUAGAUAAGCCAAUGGUUAACGCCGUCGUAGGACGAGCGAGCGAGGACAACAAGCCUAUGACACGCAACAGAGGUGAUCGCCGUACUGCGUCAACGAAACGACGAGAAUUCGUAGCCGGAAGAGAGGAAGCUAUCUUUGGCAGUUUUAGCUUUCCUGAAGAAGAAACUGAAACAUCUGGAACGGAAUCCACUGUCACAACAGGGAAAGAAAGCGACCAAACAUUAAACGACAGACGAGGAGCGCUGCGAGAGAGGAAGAUCCGCCGUACUAGUCCUCUAGCUAGAUCUAGGGAGGAUGGACUUAGUUGUUACCCAAAGGGUAGAGAUUACAGUAUAGAUGAGAAAACGGAUGCCUUGUUCAAAGAGUUUAUUAAACAAGAUGUUCUCUUUGAUACCAAUUCUAGAAGGUCUCGUCCAUAUAGGAGCCAUAGAUUACAGCUUCAUAACAAGCAGCAUAGUGAUUCCAUGUUAGAAUAUCCAACUAAGGUAGUAUGUAGUCAAGGGAGUAAUGAGCCUAGGAGUAUCAGCUUCGAAUCACGAGCUGGUGGAGAAAGCUCCGCUAAAGAACGGCUGACUACUCUCUUGCCUGGUACCGGUAGAACAAAGUCUCUUAUAUCCCAAGAUAGCAUCGAAGAGGAAUAUUUACGACAGGAAAGGAAGAAGGCCUAUAGUACAGAAGGAUCACCCGAGUCAAAGUCUUCUAGGGAACCUUCCCGUGAGGCAUCUAGAGAAGCAUCUCGUGAACCGUCUCGUGAACCGUCAAGAGAACCUUCACCAACUGGUGAUCCGAAGUCCCACACAAUCACGCCUUUCAAACAUUAUGAUCGACCUGAAAAGACUCCUUCUCUCGACUUACCUCCCAGGUUAGAGGACGUCAAGAACAGACGAAGCGCUUUCCGGUUGGUGAAAAGAUCGCCCCAGAUUCGGCGAGCAGGGGCGGCUUCGUUCCAGGAAUGCGCAGUCACCGCCUUCAGUGCAGACAUGUGUGAGGUUGAUGAUGAGAGAGAAAGAACGAGAAGGGAGAGCAUUCCUUCUAGACAUUCAUUAGAUCUUAGGGAUUUACGGGACAGACAAACCAUUGAGCCGCCUACCAUCCUUGUAGGAGGAUACGAAACACCAGAUGAACAACACACACCAGAAAGGGACGACAGAUUACCAGCACGGCCUAAAGAACCUUUACCUGUGUCACCCGGCAGAAGGCCCCCUCCUGAAGACUUUGCUCGUCCGGCUCGAUCAGAAGAACGGUCACGCAGUCCUCGUAGUAGAAGGCAUCAGCGAUUCCAUGAUGCCAGUCCAAACAGAGGGGAAUCUCCAGGAAGGGGCGUAUCCCCCGGCCGUGGAUCUAGCAACGCUCACUAUAGGGCAUCUAAAUCUCCAACAAGGCCUCGGCGAAGUAUGGAGAGCCUUAGUAUGGAUAGAGGCGAUCGGGGUUACCACGAAUCACCCGACGGAAGGAGAGAUUUUCUGCAAGUGCCUGGAAACCGAGGAACGGGAAGAUCAGCAAGUUCUUCACCACGACAUCGGCUCAGGAAGCACGACACAUUCGGUGGAGUCAGUCGACCAUUCAGUGAAGAGUGUCUGUCACGAAAUGACGAACCCAUUCGUGACCAUCCAGAAUAUCAACAAACAUUCCAUCAGGGUAGAUAUGUACGACCUAUAGAUUUCGAAAAGUUAGACAAGAGACAUCAGAAACCACAUUCCAAGCAAGCUGAAAAGAUCCUUAGAUUCGAAACCAGGUCGGGAUCUGAAACAGCUCUACUUGACUGCAGGGAGGAGCGAAGCAGAAGGGAGGCACGUAGGUCACCGGUGAGGGCGCAUAGUGACCAAGACGUACUGUCUGAUUGGAGAAGAAAUGGAGAACAUAAAGCAAGAACACCAGAGAAAUUUUGAUAAAGGUUUCAUGUGUUACCCGCAGUUGAAUAUGACUAUAUAUUUUUUCGUUGCAGCUUACUAUUUUGUUUAAAAUGUGAACGCAAAAUCCAGAUGCGCUUUGAUUUACCGAUUUCAGUCUAUUUAUCUAAAAGAUCGUACGUUUCCAUGAUUCAGAGAAAAACGUAUCAUCAUCACUAAUUCACACCAGUGCAGUUUAUCUUAAGCAAACUAAAUUAUUAUGUUACCCUUUGAGGAUAGUUUGAUGGAUAUUUUGGUUUCCGAAGUAGUUUGUUUCAUGACUUGUCGACCGUUGUCUCAUAUCGUAAACAAACAUUUGCUAAUUUAAAACGCCAAUACUAAUUCGUUACUAAUCAUUCUGUUGAAGAAAAUGAAUAUGCGUCAAUGGCUUUGAUUGGCUUCUGACAGUGUACGAUCGAUUACAAUCAUCAGGGUCCAGUUUCAUAAAGAUUUGCUAUAAAAACAAAUGACUGUUCGUAGCAUUUAACUAUUAUCAUAACAAAUUUUAUGAAACUGGCCCCAGGGCUAUCUGAGUUGAUAGAGUACUUCUCCCAUGAUAAAAGUGAACAACUUACAUUUUGGUGAUUUUUAGAUGUUGAAGGAAAGUGCUAUGCGUAUAGCAUGAAAAUACUGUUCGCGCCUCAAUCUAUGUAAAUUUUAACAUGCGGAUUAUGAAACGAAAUGCCUCUUUUAAUUGUUUUGUUCUUCGUAAUAAACAUGAUAUACCAUGCAUACUUGAGUCACUCAAGUAGCGCAAGUAGCGGCGAAAUUCAGGUUUUCCAUUCUGGGAUGGUAAGAGGAGGAGGGGGGGGGCAGUGUAGUCUGAUAGUAUUUCAUAGUGUUAUGUUAACAGAAACGUAGGGUGUAGACUCCAUUUUACAACCUUAUUUUCUUUAAUUUCUUUCAAAACAUUUUUAUUCAGGUUAUAAUUCAAGAUGCAUCAAAACAUGGCUACCUCAUUUUUGUUAUCGGAAAGACUAUCUUAUUUUAAUAACCCAACAUAGCCAGCGAUGUCAAUUGGUUUAAUAGCAUGUAUUCAGUUAGGACCUUUAAGUCUGAUAGGAGUUAUAUUCAAAGAGCUGGAUUGAUAAAAGGUAGCAGUGAAGUUUGUUUGCAAUUUGUCAUUCCCCUUUUAAGAUUCCUUACCACAUUAACACACCCAUAUUAUACACCAAUGGUAAUAAGGUUGAUAAUUUGAACAGGUAUAUUUCGUUACAUUAUUCUACAUGUACUAACUUAUCAGGAAACUACUACGACAACGCAUGUUGGAUGAGUGGUAGAAUGCCCGCUUCAUGAACGGAAUGUCAUAGGUUCGAUCGACAGCCGAGUUAUACCAAAUAUUUUGAAACUGUUUGCUCUGUCUUUCUGUCAGGCGUUCGAAUAAAAAGGGUAAUAAAAACAUUGUGAUAUGUUGGACUUGCUGGAAGAUCAGCCCAAUAGCUAAAGUGGCGAACCUGGAUACAGAAGAAAAUAGCUUUGUGUCAUACGAUGCACGGAGGGCCCAAGAACAUGGUGAAUGUAUUUAAGAUGCCCUUAAAAUUACAAAGAAAGUUGAGUUGUUGUUUUUUUACUCCUUGUUAGCGCCUCGUUUUUUCCCCCACAAUGUACGGAGGGUUCAAAGAAAAUUUUAAAUGUAUUAAAAUACCCGUAAAAUGGCAAAUAACUGUUGGGAGAUCUUUGUAAAAAAAAGUUAUGAACCGGAACUGCAGUUUCGUCCCAAUUUUCGGAGCUGGCGAAAAAUGGCAAAUAAAUCGUUUGUCCAGAGUCCAGGACGAUCUGCUUUUUCGAAUCACCAAUUUUCUAAAAAGUCUUCUUGGUUCUUCUUUGUUAUCGAUGACAUUAAAAUUGUUUUAUUGUUCUUGAACCAACUGUAUACAAAUACUAUUAUUUUUUUAAGGCAACCCCUAACCAUCUUGUAAGCACAUUUGUCUCAUCGUUACGAGUUUUACUUAAAAACUACAUUAGUUAUUUAAUUACUUCUGACUUUGGUUACCGCGUGCCAUUCAUGUAAUUUCCAACCGUACAAAAGUUGAACUGCAUUGGUGUAAAUUUUACGAGGCGUUAGAAUUCGAACGUAAUGAAAACAAAAUACGCUAAAAAUGUACCUCAAAAAUUCUUGAUAAAAUUAAAUGGAAGAAUCCUGAAAGAUUAAGAUGAAAAAUAAGGUCAUUAGUUUAUGUAUUACUAAUUCUUUCAUUUGGAUAGUGGAAUUAAAGUUCCUAUCAUUUUAGCUUGAUCCGAAUAGAAUUAGGAAAUCCUUUAUUUGACCAAGAAAUUAUUUGACUCAUCAUUUCAUGUAGAACUUGUUCUUACUUUUGUUAACGAUUACUACCAUGCUACGGAUUAUUCAUGAAAAGAAACUAACAUCUGUCGUGCCUUAUGCUUAUAUUUUAUUUUGUUCGCUUGCAGUUAUCCAACAAAAUUAUGAAGCUUGCUUAAAGCUGAACAGAUAAGGGAGAGGGCGCAAAUCACAUUGAAUGAUUGUUGACUCUUAGUGGGUGCAGUCACACCAACGAAAUUGACUCCAAACCGACCGAUGGUUUGCCAUGCAACAUAACGCAAUAGCGUUGAUCGGUCGGGGUCACUUGUGUUGGUAUGACUGCGACAUUAACGAUCAAAAGUGUGAUUCGCGAAUAACAUCUGUGCUUCUUUUAACGCUAUAUCGGUGGAUACUGUUUAUUGUAGACCAUCUUAUGCAUGAUCUGUCUCUCAAUGUUGUCAAUGUUUACAUUUAAAAUAUCUAUGCUCCUCACCGUAUUAAUGAAAGCUACUCACACCAAUUAUGCAAUCACGUCGAUUUCUCUCUUCAAGUUUCAUAAGUUUAUUUCUGUUUUUGUAUGACAUUCCAUUACACAAAUUUAUGUAACAUUUUACAUAUUAAGAAAUGAACCUAUUGGCUGCCUGUAUGUGUAUAUAACGUAACAAGAAAUAUUUUUGUAUAUACAAUUUAACUAAUUUUCCAUAGGAUUUAGGUAGCAGAUGACAAUUUGAUUAAUUACAAUUGCUGGCUUGCACAACGAGUAUUGCUUUUAAUGCAAUCGAAAUGCAAUAGAAAAUAUGGUUGUAAUAUAGUUAUAUGAUACACCUUUCAUUAAAUGCAUAUAAUAUAUGGUAAAAAGUAGUUAUGAAGAAUGUAAACUAUUUUAGAUGAAUACUUGAACUGGACAGCCUUCGACUGAGUUUUUAAAGCAUGCAAGAUAAUGACGAUGAAACAUUUGAACAACGAAUAAAUGAAAUUGAAUAUAUUGU